AUGACUAUGUAUUUCUCUAUAUUCUAAAGCAGAAUGGUGGUGACAGAGGCAAAUCCAAUGUCAGAAGUGGCCUUACAAAGUCAGCAGGGGGGCCAUGACUGGAUCUUCAACCCUGUUGGGCAUCAAAUGCUGAUCCUGAUGACUGUGGAGAGAGUGCAAAUAAAUGGAAGAGGAAGAGGAGGCAAUACAGCUGGGACAAAAGGUUGUCCUGGCUCCUUUGAACUGGACUGCCCCCAGAGCUUGCCCGUCAGGGGCCUCCAUCAGUUCUCAAUGGCAUCAAGAUGGUGCUUUCAACACAUUGUUACAGAACCGCUGGACCUCAAGAAAUGUUCAACUGGCUGUUGUUUGACUGAACUUUACUAUCUGGUUCUAUGUGAAAUGGGGAGAAUCCCUAGUCAUGAAGACUUGGUGCUUCCCCCAUGGAAAAAGAACCAGACAUGGUUGUCAAAAUCAGCUACCAACAGCCAUAAGUUGCAUGUCUCAGCUCUCUCCAAAACCCUGGGUGAGUUACUCAUUGCUCAAUGUUGGCUGUGCUGUAUGAGGGCAAGUCCAGGCAACACCUCCGUGAAAAGAAUUAAAUAUUGUGCUGUUAGCCGAGUUCAGCUUUGUGCUCCUUUUUCUGACAACACUGUGCUGAUUAUGUUUCCCCGGAUGGGGAAUUUCCUUUUGUCUCUCAGCAGCAGUCGUUAUAGAUUAGCAGAGCUCAGCUCACAGCUUUCUUCUCCUCUAUGAAUGCGUGAUUUGAGACAUUAGGGGUUCUUUAUUAUUCUGCUCUGCUGCAUUUCAUGUCCACAGACAUGUCACCUCCAAUGCCUCAAACCACCAUUCCAGGUAUAUAAUGUUUAGGCAAGACAACCAAAUAGAAUGUGUUUUAAAAC